AUGUCCUCUGGCUAUCUAUAUUUCUCUCUUUCUUACCAUUUUACACUUACCUCCCCACUGUAUUUCUUUUUCUCCUUCUUUCACUAUCUUAAUUUCUUCCUCUCCCUUUCUCCUCUCUCUGUCCUUUCUGCAUUUCUUCCUCUCCCUCUAUCUAGCUAUCCAUAUUCUGUCUUACCUUUCAACAUUUUCCUCAUCUCUAUAUUUCUUCUUUCUCUCUCUCUCUCUCUCCAGCUUAAUCUCUUUGUCUCCCUUUCUCCUCUCUAUGUCCUUUUGUAUUUCUUCCUCUCACUAGUUAUCCAUAUUUAUCUCCUCACCUUUCUACAUUUUCCCUCUCUGUAUUUCUUUCUUUCCUUCUCUCUGUCCUUUCUGUAUUUAUGUCUCCUUUUCUCAUCUCUAUCCUUUCUGUAUUUCUUCCUCACCCUCUCACUAAUUGUCCAUAUUUCUCUUCUUCUCACCGUUCUACAUUUUCCCUCUCUGUAUUUCUUUCUCUUCUUCUCUCACUCCAUUUUAAUUUCUUCUUUUCUCUGUCCUUUCUAUAUUUCCUCCUCAAUCAAUCAAUAUUUUGCAUUUCCCACUUUCUAUCCCUCUUUUUUGCUCCCUCUUCUCUUUCUAUACUUUCUCUAUUUCUUUCCACCUCUUUCUAAACUUCCCUUUUCUAUCUAUAUUUUCACUCUACCACCCUCUCUAUUCCUUCUAUAUUUCUUCCUUUUUCCUUCCACAUUUAUUCUCUCCUUCAUCUCAUUACUUUCCUCUUCUAUAAAUUCCUUCCUGUCGACUUUAUACAUUUUUCUUCUUUAUGACUCUUUUUUCCUUUCUUUUUCCAUGUUAUGA